CGCUGAGCGCCUGCGGCGCAAAUCGGCUAUUGCUCGCUCCACCGCUGCCCGCUAAAAGCCGCAUCGAAGGCCUUCAGCACAACCCGACGUCAGGGGCGACCGGCACAGAUGGACAUGAAGCUGCCCGCCGAGCUGCGGUACGAGGCCAACGAGCACGUCGCGGUCAUCACGCUCAACCGUCCGCAGGAGAGGAACGCACUCGAUGAGCGCCUCACGCUCGGGCUCCAGAUAGCCGUGGCACGGAUCAAGGCGUCGCCCGCCCUGCGCGUGGUCUUCCUGACGGGCAACGGCCCGAUGUUCUGCGCGGGAGGCGACCCCAAGGGCUUCCAGCGGAUGGCGGCGGCGGCGGCGGAGGAGAGCAGCGGCAACGGAGCCGACAACCAGUCGAACAAGAACGAUGAGUCGGCGGUCGCGUUCGCAAAGCUGCUUCGCGAGCUGGACGAGCUUCCCGUGUACGUGGUGGCGCUCGCCAAUGGCACCGCCAUGGGCGGCGGCGUGGGCCUGCUCUGCGUCUGCGACUACGUCGUCAUCAAGCACGCGGCAUCGGUCGCGCUGUCCGAGGUGAAGCUCGGCGUCAUCCCGGCGACCAUCUCGCCGUACGUGGUGGGGAGGGUGGGGGCGGCGCGCGCGCGGCGGCUCUUCAUGACGGGCGAGACACUGCGCGCCGAGCAGGCGCGCGACCUCGGCCUCGUCGAUGAGGUCGUCGUCACGGAUGCAGACCUGCGCGCCGCCGCGGACCGCAUCCUGGCGGCGGCGCAGUCGGCGGCGCCGGGCGCGGCGGCGGCGGCCAAGGCGCUCGUGCGGGAGGUUGCGGCGGCGCCGCGCGGGAGCGACGAGAUCCUCCGCUACACCGCCGCAGAGCUCGCCCGCGUGCGGCUGACGGACGAGUGCGCCGCCGGCAUGAAGGCGGUGCUCGCGAGGGAGAAGCCGCCCUGGGCAAAGGCGCCGCUCGUGUACCCGGCGUGAGCGACACGCUCGGCCGGCGGCGGAAGCCUGCGACGGCUCUCCUACUCUGCUGCUCCGUGUCGGCUUGUCAGGGU